GAGAUUAUUUAAUUUUUUAUAUUAAGUUGAUUAAUAUUUGUCAGUUAUUAAAAAUGGGUUCUUGAGUUUUAAUAAAUGUUCAAAAGAGGUUUAGGGGUUAACUUCUGAACUAUUUAACCUAUAAAACUGUAAAAAAAAAUAAUAAAAUUAUUUAAAUAAUAAAAGUUAGAUUAAAAAUGUCACAAAUUUUAAAUAAAUUAUUUUUAAAAACAAAAUUACCUUUAUACAGUAAUAACGUUAUACAUAAUAUUAAAUAUUUUCAAACAUUGCAGACCACUUACAAAUUAAGGAACACUGAAUCGCUGUAUAAAUAUAGAAUAUUGAAACCCCGAGCAACGAUAAAUAUUUAUCAAAUAAGGAAUAAUUUAGACACUAAAUUAGAAGUUGAUACAAAUGUCCUGAACAAUGUGAUACUUUAUAAAUAUGAAAAACCUAAUUAUUUCAAAUAUAUGACGGUCUUUUCAGUUUUACAAUUUUCCUUAUUUACUGUUAUAACUUACUUUUUAAUUGAUUGGCUGCCAGAGUUCAAAGAUGAUGAUUCUAUAUUUACUUAUGCAAAAAGAAACGUUUUAUAUCUUUCUACAUUUUUAUUACCAUUUAUAGGAGGAGUUGGAUCAUCAGCUAUAAUAUGGUUGUUCACAAUACGUUCAGUAAAAUAUAUCAUUUUGCUUAAAGGUGGUAAAAAAGUAACUAUUGUCACUUAUCAUCCAUGGAAAGAUAAUUUUCAGUUCACUGUUCCUGUUGAAAAGAUAUAUGUUAAAAAACACCGACAAGAAUUGAAUAGGAUCAUGACACUAGGAGUAAAGAAUAAACCGUUUUACUUUAUGCUUAAUAAUGAUGGAAUAUUUGUUAACCCAAAUCUCUAUGAUUAUGCAAUCGGAUAUUACAAAAAGGAAAAAUAAAAAAUUUUGUUAUAUUUA